UCUGCUGGUCUGCGGUGGCGGGUCUGCCGCAGCCGCCAUGGUUUCGACCGCCUCCCGCGCCGGCGUCCCCGUGCUUCGCGCAUCGCCCUCCCAUCUGCAUCUGUCUUACACCAUUGCUAACGAAUUGCUGCCUCUGGAGAUACGAUUGGAGAUAACCGCUAGGGAAACAUUACACGCACUCAGCAGAGCCACUCUCCUGCACACACAUUGGCAUACAUUCACUUUGCUUGCCGAGGAAGAUAUAUAUACAACGCUAUCUCUAAGGAAGGAUCUGUCUACAAUUCUUACCACUCAACCGCUUAAUCCAAAAUGGCUUUCGCUUCCACCGAAAUAUACUCGGCGCGCUCUUUUCAGACGUCUUGCUGAAGUGUCGAGACUAACCCGAGGUGUUAUUGUCUUGGUAUGUGACAUACAUUACGCUAAACAUGUGAUGGAUGAAGCAAAACGCCUUAACAUGCUGGAAGGACAUUUUUUCUGGCUAUGGAUUGACGCUUCUAGCGAGUUUGAUGUCUUCCAUAAUAUUGGCAACAGAACACGUUUUACUGAAGUGAACGAUCACGACCUUAAUAGUUUUAGGGAUAAGGAUAAUGCAGUUAACUAUGAUAUUGAUGACUUCGAACGCAAAAAACGAGAUGAUGCAGACAAUAAUUCGAUAGAGAAGGAACAAAAAGUUAAUGAUACAACAAGAAAGCUAAUUAGGAUUUCCAAUAAAAAUAUAACUCAAGAAAAUCGCACCUCUGUAAAAAAUAGUACGAAACAUUCGAUCUUACUUAAUAAGGAUAGUAUUAUAAAUAAAUUUGAAACGCACAUAAAUAACAAAUUAUUAUAUAUAAAUUUUAGUCGUUCGUUUAGUAGUAGUCAAAAUAUUAGUGAAAAAAAUGUAAGAAAUUAUAAUGUAAAUAACAAAGGCGUUGAAACUUCUAAAAUCGAAAACAAUUCAAUUGAGAAGGAGAAUAAAUCUUCUCUUUAUAGAAUUAAUAAUAGACGUACUAGUUCUAGCAAACUAAAAAAUGAAUCUUUUAAUAAAUAUGUUAAUAGCAUAAGUGAACCUGAUUUGUAUGAAAGCAAAGAUAUGUUGAUGGAAGAAAGAAUUGUAAGUAGUAUUGAUAACGAGGAACUAAGAGAUAACUUAUUAUUUUCAAGUGAUAUUAGUGAUUUCAUAAUGAAUCCCACGGUGCAUACUCCUACAAUGAAUAAAGUUAGAGAUAAAAUUACUGAAGAUCGAUUAGAUCGGCUAAUGAUGAAUCAAGAUGAUGAACCGAUUAGUGAUGUAAAAAGCAACUUAUCAACAAUUUUUAAUUCGCUGCCUAUUGGACUAUUGGCAUUAUAUCCACAACCUAUGAAAAUUGAUGAUACGUUUGCCCGCGCCGCAGUUCGGAUGAUGGUGGGGGCUCUGCGUCGAGUGUUGAGGGCGUGCGACGCGUGGUCAGCACAGGCACAAUUUUUUAGCGACGCGGCAGCAUCAUGUUGGGAUGAGCCUAGUGAUGCUGCAUCAGAUUUUUCAAUGGAAUUUGUAAGAGAGAUGCGAAUGGCAACAGCCGCAGCGUUAGCUGGUAGUGCAGGACGAUCUGAAAGAUCUUUGACUGCAACCUUUUCUUUCUUGAAUUUAGUAUCAAACCCAGAAGGUAGAAAUGUAUGGAGAGAAGUUGGUCAUGUUUUCGGGCGCAGUGUCAGUUUGCACACGAUUGUAUGGCCAGGAGGACGACUUGUUGCUCAUGGACAGUCAUCUGGUGCUCGUACAAUUUUUCGUAUAGUCACAGCUUUAGCUCCACCUUUAGUAAUGGAAGGCGAACUUGAUGAAGAUGGUCAAUGUUUAAGAGGCUUACCUUGCCAUCGUCCACGAACGUCUGAUCGUGAUAAUCUUACUCUCGCAUUCAAUGAAUUAGAGAGAGACAAUGUUCCAGAUGUAGAAGAUUAUUUUUUUCCAACGCCUAAACCUACUACAUUUUGGAAAAUGGCCACUCAUUGUUGUUAUGGAUUAGCUAUGGAUUUAUUAGAAAAUAUUGCGCAGGAACUAGAAUUUGAUUUUCAUUUAUAUAUAGUAGAGGAUGGCCUUUAUGGAGCCAGAAAAUUAGUUAAACCAUAUCGAAGGAAUAGCGAAGAAAAAAAUAUUAAUAAAGAUUUUUGGACUAAUCAAGAAAGUUACUUUUCACAGUAUAACGGUUAUGGAAUAUGGGAAGAUAAAAAUAAAGAUAAACGCCAAUAUAAGUUGGACGAAGAACCACACGAAAAUCUCGAAAAAUGGGACGGUAUUAUUGGGGAUUUAGUUUCUGGGGCUGCUCAUAUGUCAUUUGCGGCACUCAGCGUAUCGGCCGCACGAGCAGAAGUAAUUGAUUUUAGUCAACCUUAUUUUUUUAGCGGAAUAUCGAUAUUGGCAGCCCCUAAUCAGAGACCAGAUAUACCCUUACUAGCGUUUUUGCUACCGUUUUCACCAGAAUUAUGGAUUGCAAUAUUCACCUCGCUCAACGUAACGGCUAUUGCUGUAGCGAUAUAUGAAUGGCUAUCUCCAUUUGGCUUGAAUCCAUGGGGUCGUCAAAGAUCGAAAAAUUUUAGUAUUUCCAGUGCACUUUGGGUAAUGUGGGGCUUACUCUGUGGACAUUUAGUGGCAUUUAAAGCACCUAAAAGUUGGCCUAAUAAGUUUCUUAUAAAUGUGUGGGGUGGAUUUUCUGUGAUAUUCGUCGCUAGUUACACUGCUAAUAUUGCUGCCCUGAUAGCUGGAUUGUUUUUUCAUAAUGCUGUGGACAAUUACCAAGGAAGAAGCAAUUGGCUGUCUUUACGAGUUGGGACAGCACGAUCUUCUGUAGCCGAAUACUACGUUCGAAGAAAUAAUCCACAGCUGGCGCAACAAAUGCGUCGUUAUGCCCUUCAAGACAUUGAGGAAGGAAUUCAACGACUUAGGAAUGGAACUUUGGACCUAUUGAUUGCCGACACGACUGUUUUAGACUACUAUCGCGCAACUGACCACGGUUGUAAACUUCAGCGGGUUGGGGACCACGCCCUUACUAAGGAUACCUAUGCUAUUGGCAUGGCUAAAGGAUUUCCAUUAAAGGAUAGCAUAUCAGCUGUGAUAGCGAAGUACUCCUCAAACGGGUACAUGGAUAUUCUCACGGAAAAGUGGUAUGGGGCUUUGCCGUGCUUCAAGCUAAGCCCGGAUUACGGAAUUCAACCGAAACCUCUCGGUGUAGCAGCAGUAGCUGGGGUUUUUAUUCUUCUGGGAGUGGGGAUGAUCGUUGGAUGUCUCAUAUUGAUUUUGGAACACCUUUUUUACAAAUACACUCUUCCCGUUCUGCGUCAUCAGCCCAAAGGAACUAUAUGGAGAAGCAGAAAUAUUAUGUUUUUUAGUCAGAAACUGUACAGAUUUAUUAAUUGUGUGGAACUGGUGUCACCGCACCAUGCAGCACGGGAACUUGUCAAUACUAUUCGGCAAGGUCAUUUUACCUCAUUAUUUCAAAAGAGUGUCAAAAGGAAGGAACACGAGCAGCGUAGAAGAAGAAAAAGUAAAGCACAAUUCUUUGAGAUGAUACAAGAAAUCAGAAGGGUUCAACAAGGUCGUGACCAUUCUUUAGAUUCGAUAAAAGAAAACGUUGCGGUUGAGAUAUCUGAAGUGUCUGAAGAAGUCACCGAGUCUAAAUUUCUAUCACCAUCUCCUGAAGUUUCUAGUCGGUCUCCACGCCAAAGUAGAUCACCACGCCAACUUCGUUCACCUAGAAGUCGACGAAAAAGAUGUAGUCUUGCUGGUCUAAAUGUUCGUCGAUUCAGUACUGAUUCAGUGUUAGGAUCUGAUUCCGCGUCUAUUUACGAGAAAACUAGCUUGAAUAUCGGCAGAAGAUUAAGUCGGGACGUAAGUUUCUUAACAAAUUCCCCUCCUGAUAUUAACACUAGACUCCGAACGCCAUCACCAAUGGUAAGGAGGCCAGAAGGUUCCUCGACCAGAUCUUAUCAAGACGUUUCAGUAUCCUCGCAAAACUAUUUAUCCGUAGACCCGCCCAGCCAUCGAGCAAGUGUAGAGAUAAUGGUUUCUCAAGAGUCUGACAUUCCCCCUGCUCCACCCUAUCCAAGAGUGUCUUCAACAGGAGAGAGAUCAGAAUUGUCUCAAUUAUCAGAAAAUGAACUCAUAAGAUUAUGGCGUAGUUCAGAACGAGAAGUUAGAGAAGCUCUAUUAGCAGCGUUACAAGAGAGAAGAGCAAGUUUAAAUCAAGAUCCAGGAUGA